ACGUCAUCGGCCGGUGGUAGCAUCCUCGGUGUGAGGACGAGGUGGAGACGACACAACCAUUUUGGACGCCAGAGGACAUCCCAGCCCAGCCCAGCUCAGCUAACCGGCAACACCACCCUGCACUGACACCUUUCUUCCCGGGUGGACCGAGCACACCGAGCCCCUCUGCUUUAUGGAGGCCGGAGGCUGCUAGCAGGAGCCCGGGAAGGACGAGAGGAGGAGAGUAGGAGGACGCGGAUCAAACAAACGACGACAGAGCCCCACAGCACACACGGUGCUAGCAUUACAGCUCCAGUGGUCCAAACGCCCGACUACUAGAGAGUGGGCACCCCGAGGUGCAAGGAAGGCAGCGCCAUGGCGGGGGCUUCUGUGAAGGUGGCGGUCCGAGUCCGCCCCUUCAACUCCAGGGAGAUGGGAAAAGAGAGCAAAUGCAUCAUCCAGAUGUCUGGAAACACCACCACCAUCAUCAACCCCAAACAGGCCAAAGACAACAAGAGCUUCAACUUUGAUUACUCCUACUGGUCCCACACCACGCCGGAAGAUGCAAAUUACGCGUCUCAGAUGCGCGUCUACCAAGACAUUGGCGAGGAAAUGCUGCUGCACGCCUUCGAGGGCUACAACGUCUGCAUCUUUGCCUAUGGCCAGACUGGCGCCGGCAAGUCCUACACCAUGAUGGGGAAGCAGGAUGUCAAGGAUCAGCAGGGGAUCAUCCCAUUGCUGUGUGAAGAUCUGUUUACCAAAAUUAAUGACAACACAGACAACAGCUUGUCCUACUCUGUAGAGGUAAGCUACAUGGAGAUCUACUGUGAGCGCGUACGUGACCUGCUCAACCCCAAAAACAAAGGGAACCUGCGAGUGCGAGAGCAUCCUUUGAUGGGACCCUACGUGGAGGACCUGUCCAAGCUGGCCGUCACCUCCUACAACGACAUCCAGGACCUGAUGGACUCUGGCAACAAGGCCAGGACUGUGGCCGCUACCAAUAUGAAUGAGACGAGUAGUCGCUCCCACGCUGUAUUUAACAUCAUAUUCACUCAGAAACGCCACGACGCUGAUACUGACAACACCUCUGAGAAGGUCAGUAAGAUCAGUUUGGUGGACUUGGCCGGCAGCGAGAGAGCAGAUUCGACCGGGGCCAAAGGGACCAGGCUGAAGGAAGGAGCUAACAUUAACAAGUCUCUCACCACACUGGGAAAAGUCAUCUCUGCUUUGGCAGAAGUGGACUCUGGACCAAACAAGAAUAAAAAGAAGAAGAAGGCGGAAAGUUUUAUUCCCUACAGAGAUUCCGUCCUGACCUGGCUGCUGCGAGAGAAUCUCGGUGGGAACUCUCGCACCGCCAUGGUCGCCGCGCUGAGCCCUGCCGACAUCAACUAUGAUGAGACGCUCAGCACGCUCAGGUACGCAGACCGCGCCAAGCAGAUCCGCUGCAACGCUGUCAUCAACGAGGAUCCCAACAACCGCCUGGUGCGAGAGCUGAAGGAGGAGGUGUCUCGCCUCAAAGAGCUCCUCUUCGCCCAGGGCCUGGGUGAUAUCAUUGAGACAUUUCGAGGGUCUGCCGCUGAGAUCGAGGGUUUGAAAUACGUAUCCGAUUACGAGAACAAUAACAAUAAAGGCCAAGCUGUCAAUCAAAGGGAUGAUCUCUCCACAGUGACCAACGCCAUGACGGGUAUGAGUCCCUCCCCGUCUCUAUCCGCCUUGUCCAGCCGUGCCGGCUCCAUUGCCAGCCUGCACGACCGCAUCAUGUUCAGCCCGGGCAGCGAGGAGGCCAUCGAGCGCCUUAAGGAAACAGAGAAAAUCAUUGCAGAGCUUAAUGAGACGUGGGAAGAGAAACUUCGCCGCACGGAAGCCAUUCGUAUGGAACGCGAGGCUCUACUGGCCGAAAUGGGCGUGGCCAUGCGAGAGGACGGCGGCACAGUUGGCGUCUUCUCGCCGAAGAAGACGCCUCAUCUGGUCAACCUCAACGAGGACCCUCUCAUGUCCGAGUGCUUGCUUUACUACAUCAAGGACGGCAUCACAAGGGUGGGACGCCUGGACGCCAGCAGCCGCCAGGACAUCGUUCUCAGUGGCCACUUCAUCAAGGACGAGCACUGCACCUUCACCAGCUCAACUGGUCCGCAAGGAGAAACUGUCGUCCUUGAGCCGUGUGACGGAGCUGAGACUUACGUCAAUGGCAAGCGGGUGACCGAGCCCACUGUUCUCAAAUCAGGAAACCGCAUCAUCCUGGGGAAGAGCCACGUGUUCCGCUUCAACCACCCCGCACAGGCCCGAGCUGAGAGGGAGAGGACCCCUUGUGCCGAAACCCCUGCAGAGCCUGUGGACUGGGCCUUUGCCCAGAGGGAGCUGCUGGAGAAGCAAGGAAUUGACAUGAAGCAGGAAAUGGAACAGAGGCUGCAGGAGCUGGAGGACCAGUAUCGCAAAGAAAGAGAAGAGGCCAACAAUCUUCUUGAGCAGCAAAGACUGGAUUACGAGAGCAAGCUGGAAGCUCUUCAGAAGCAGGUGGAUCGUUAUUACCCAGAAGCCCCCGAGGAAGAGGAGGAGCCAGAAGAAGAAGUGCAGUGGAGCGACAGGGAGCGAGAGCUGGCCGUGUGGAGCUUCCGCAGGUGGAGGUGUUACCAGUUCACCUCUCUGCGGGACCUGCUGUGGGGCAACGCCAUCUUCCUCAAGGAGGCCAAUGCCAUCAGCGUGGAGCUCAAGAAGAAGGUGCAGUUCCAGUUUGUGCUGCUGACAGAUACCCUCUACUCACCGCUGCCAACCGACCUGCUGCCAGCAGAGGCAAGCAAAGACCUGGAAAAGCGACACUUUCCUCAAACCAUUGUUGCCGUGGAGGUGCAGGACCAGAAGAACGGAGCCACUCACUACUGGACAUUGGAAAAACUAAGGCAGAGGCUGGAUCUCAUGAGGGAGAUGUACGACCGUGCUGCGGAAGUUCCCGCCCCGACGUCGACAGACGACGGCGAGAGCGUGAUGACGGGUGGCGACCCUUUUUAUGACCGCUUCCCCUGGUUCCGCCUGGUCGGCAGAAACCCUCUUUUCAACACUUGCAUGAGCGAACGCAUGAGCGACCCCACCCCGUCCCCGACCCUCUCCAACUCUGAAAUGACCGAGCCAGCUGACUCACAGCGGGAGGCUCGAGGAGAGGAGGAGGAGGCGGCGGAGUUGGAGGACCUGGACGAUGAUAUCUUUUUGGACGACCCAUGCUCGGAGCUGGGGGGAGAGGAGGAGGAUGAUGAUGAUGAUGAUGAUGAUGAUGAUGAUGAGCGAGCGCUCUGCCGAGGCUCCAGCGAAGGCCAGGAUCCCUUUUACGACCGCUCGCCAUUAUUCAGUGUAGUGGGAAGGUCUUUUGUGUACCUGAGCAACCUGCUGUACCCUGUUCCCCUGGUCCACCGUGUGGCCAUUGUGAGCGAGAAAGGAGACGUGAAGGGCUUCCUGAGAGUGGCGGUGCAGGCUAUAUCUGCCGAUGAAGAAGCUCCAGAUUACGGCUCAGGAGUGAGGCAGUCGGGUACGGCCAAGAUCUCCUUUGAGGAUCAGCAGUAUGAAAAGUUCCAGUCAGAGUCCUGCUCAGUGGGCCUGUCCCGGACCGGGAUCUCCCAGGAGGAGCUUCGGAUCGUGGAGGGGGAGGGUCAGAACACUGAGAUGGGACCCUCAGCGGACGAAGUCAACAAUAACACAUGUGCGGCCGGUGGCGAUGAAGGCGAGAGCCCGCUGAAGCCCGGUCUCGACGGCCAGCUGGACACGACUUCAGAGCACCUCAAGAUCGGCAACGUUUUCACCUUCAGGGUGACUGUGCUGCAGGCCUCCAGCAUCUCCGCCGAGUACGCCGACAUCUUCUGCCAGUUCAAUUUCAUCCAUCGCCACGAUGAGGCCUUCUCCACGGAACCCCUAAAGAACACAGGCCGUGGCCCCCCUCUGGGCUUUUACCACGUGCAAAAUAUUGCUGUUGAAGUGACCAAAUCCUUCUUGGACUACAUCAAGACUCAGCCCAUUGUGUUUGAGGUGUUCGGACACUACCAGAAGCAGCCUUUUCUUCCUCUCUGUAAAGACGUGAUCAGUCCACUGCGGCCCUGCAGAAGACAGUUCCCACGUGUGAUGCCUCUGUCCAAACCAGUACCUGCCACCAAGCUGACGGCCGUGACCCGCCCACAAGCAGGGCCGUGCCACUGCAAAUAUGACCUGAUGGUUUUCUUUGAGAUCUGCGAGCUAGAAGCCAAUGGGGACUACAUCCCUGCUGUGGUGGACCACAGAGGCGGAAUGCCUUGUCAUGGCACCUUCCUCCUGCACCAGGGCCUUCAAAGAAGAAUCACUGUGACCAUCGUGCACGAGUCAGGGGGCGACAUAGAAUGGAGGGAUGUUCGAGAGCUUGUUGUGGGACGUCUCCGUAACGCCCCCGAAUCUGAUGAGACCAUCGUGGACCCCAACAUUCUAUCUCUCAACAUCUUGUCUGCUGGCUAUGUCAGGCCCUUGCAGGAUGACAGACAGUUUCUUGAUUCGGACAUGCCUAGCAUUACCCAGGAACUUGACCAUAGGACCUUCUACCGCUUUGAGACAGCUUGGGACAGCUCCAUGCACAACUCCUUACUUCUCAACCGGGUCACUCCAUACGGGGAGAAGAUCUACAUGACCCUGUCUGCCUACUUGGAGAUGGAGAACUGCAACCAGCCAGCCGUCAUAACCAAAGAUAUUUGCAUGGUGUUUUAUUCUCGCGACACAAAGCUCUCAGCGUCUCGCUCCAUUCGCAACCUUUUUGGCACAGGAAGCCUGCGAGCGGCAGAUGGAAACCGCAUAACCGGCGUAUAUGAGGUCAGCCUGUGCAACCUGGCGGAUGCAGGAAGUCCAGGCAUGCAGAGGCGACGCAGGCGGGUGCUGGACACCUCGGUGGCCUACGUCCGCGGGGAGGAGAACCUGGCCGGGUGGAGGCCUCGCAGCGACAGUCUCAUUCUGGAGCAUCAGUGGGAGUUGGAGAAACUCAGCCUGCUUCAAGAUGUGGAGAAGACCAAACAUUUCCUCUUACUGAGAGAGAAGCUGGAGUCCACCCUGCUUGCAGGUCGGGGGGUUCAGCCAUCAGUGUGUGUCACAGAGGAGCUGCUGAGCGACUCACCCCGACCCUCGGAGGCCGAGCCGGAUGUUAGCGCUGGUUCAGAACUCACCACUGAGAGACAGCGCGAGCUCGCCGCCAAGUGUCUGCGGCUGCUGACUCACUCCUUCGACAGAGAGUACAGCCACGUAUGCGUCAGCGCCAGUGAAAGCAAGAUAUCUGAGAUGUCCAUCACCACGCUGAGAGACUCUCCCUCCAUCUCGGCCCUUAACACCAUUGCACCCUCCUCCACCUGCCCUUCCCUGGUGGAGGGUUGCUAUAGCAACGCUGAACUCAGACCUCCUGUUCCUCGCUCUCGUGCCGUCAGCCCAGGUCCCGACACGCAGCAGGACGCAGAGGCCAAGAAGUCUGUCAGUGGAGCCUCUGAAGGCAAACCUCGCAUCCGUAGAUUUGUUCCUGACAUCCAGGAGAUUCGAGUCAGCCCCAUUGUGUCCAAAAAAGGCUACUUACAUUUCUUGGAGCCGCACACCAAUGGCUGGGUGAAGCGCUACGUGGUGGUGCGGCGGCCAUACGUCUACAUCUACAACACAGAGCGCGAUGCCGUGGAGCGCGCCAUCCUCAAUCUGUCCUCCGCACAGGUGGAGUACAGCGAGGACCAGCAGGCAAUGCUGAAGACCCCAAACACGUUUGCCGUGUGUACAGAGCAUCGCGGAAUAUUGCUUCAAGCCACGAAUGACAAAGACAUGCAUGACUGGCUGUAUGCCUUCAAUCCUCUCUUGGCGGGGACUAUCAGGUCAAAGUUGUCCAGAAGACGAGUGGGACAGAUGAGAAUGUGAGGACGAAGGUGGAGGGAAUGAUCAUGAUCAUGACAAAGACUUGAGAUGUACAUAGACCUUCUUCCCCUCCGCCGCCACCUCGUGUCCGGCCGUAGAGGCGGUGAGGAAGCGAGGGGGUGGGUGGCUGUCCUCCUCCUAGCAGCGGUUUGUAACGUCCGAUUCUCUCAUACGUGUGGUGAUGUACUGUAGUUGUUGUCAGUGGCACAUCGGGCCUUAUGCAUACUGUGCGUGUGGCGUGAGUCCUUGCAAAAAGCCACGUCAGCCAGGAGCGGACAAACACGCCGACUCUUCUCUCCUCUACUCUGCAGCUCUGUGUUGCUACGUGCGUACAGCUAGCAAAUACACACUAAUGCAUACAUACAUCUUUUGUUCUUGCACCAUGAUUUAAAAAAAAACAAAAAAACACACACACACACACGACGCCACAAUCACUCAUCAUUUGUGAUAUAUGGAGAUAUUUACCUGCCUCUCUUAUUUAUUUCUGCAUGUAUUUAUUUACAAAGACAUUUAUAUUUCUAAAGUACGGUGCAAUUUCUGCACACUGCACUUUGUAAAGGAGGUCCCGCAAUUUUUUUCUUUUUCUUUUCUUUUUUUUAAUAAUGCCACAACCUCGACGCCACAUGGUUGACUUGACGUCACGUUGGAUCACUUGAAUGAACCCCCCCCCCACACACCUUUGUUUGGCAAGAAGAAAAGGUGAAACGUGAAAGCGCUACGUGAUUGGGAAGUGAAUAAUGUGCAUAUAUGUGAUUACAUGCAGUGCCUCAGUCGCCAUGCACACUUUGCCUCUACACCGGUUGCUCUCAAUCUACAACCUUCAUGCUGCUAUUUCUGCUUUUCAUCCCUGCAUCAUCAUCAUCAUCAUCUACAGGGGUUUGUGUAUUUAUCAAGUCGAGUCAUACACUCAAUGUUUACUCAUGCAAACUGGCCUGGAAUCAAAUAUGAAAAGGGGAAGAGGAUUAUUACGACAGAUUAGGAGGUAGCGAAAAGUCACGUGGUGGCCCGCCACAAAUACAUUUGGCAUUAUCUGUUCACCCUCUCACCAUGACAUUAUAGUGGGACACAGACUCCGCACAAUAGAUGACAUCGUAACUCUGCUUCUUAACACACCUCAUACGCACGCACCACAGCUGACCUGGUCACGCAGUAUAUAGCGUCUGUUCAUCAAUAUAGUGAGAUAUUAGAUCAGGGGUGUCCAAACUUUUUUCCAGCGAGGGGCGCCAUCUUGUGCAGUUCAUUAAAAAAAAAAAAAAAAAAACGGGAGGUUGCCUACAGCCACUGCUGUUAAUGCCAAGUCACGCUAAGUAGAGACUCCGGCUGUUAUUUGCUUUUGCAGACCACACACCCAGCGACCAUGGGAGACUCUGUGGUGUAUUGAAUAGAGGCGUUAAUUGACGCGGUCUCACGCACUGUGCAGUAAGUCUUGCUUGUUUGUGCGACUUUUAAGGCCAUUUAUUUCCCCGAGCUCUGUUGUGUUGGACUUUGGGUUCCACUGCGCUGCCGCCACUGUGAUCCGUCUGUGCGUUUCCCCGCGCAAUUCAAUGUGAAUAUCGGACGACGAGCCUGCAUCAGGUCAGCUAGCCUGAGUGCAUGCUCAAAAUAAACUAUGCGCACAUUUGGAAGCAUACAUGUACAUGUACUUCAUGCAAGUUGCUCUUCUUUGAAAGUCAUCCAUGGAUGAUACUUCACUACUUUGCAUGUUAUCAACAGUCUCACGUUUGAGUAUUUUAUUUAUUGCAAGACUGGCAUCAUAAGUGAGGGAACACCUCUGUGGUUUGCACAUGACACAAUCUUAAUGAAGCAGCGUCUCACUUCUUUGUCAACACAAUCCUUAUCACACGCCACACAACAGUGGGAUCCAUCUUGUUCUCCAUGCUGUUGUUUCAUCGUGCAUAGUCAUGUCGCAUUUUAUCCAACCAAAGUUAAGUUGUCGCAGUCACAAAAAGUAUCACACUGAAUGUACGACAAUAUUUUUCAAAACCACUACUCUGGGAGUGUUUUAUGGUGGCCCAAAGGUGGCGAAUGCUCCUAACACAGAAAUGAUCCAAAAGCACGCAAGCAUCGUAUAACGCUUGCAACAGGAAAAUGCUGCAAUCACAUAAAUGCUACAAGAUGCAAAAUAAAAAUACUGCAAUUGCCCAAAACACACACAAACCCCGAAAACAACAAAAUGUAAAUUAGCUGUGCUACUAUGAAGCUGGGGAGCCUACCGGCGGAGCCAAACCUGAGGGAUAUUUGUCUUUAAAGACUUAAGAUGUAAUAUUUUAUAGUAUUACAGAGCAACCGAUUUUUACAACCAAGAGUUUACAAAAACAUAAAUAUAAAAGCACGUUUUCAUUCUGCAAACUUUUGUCUGGGCAUUUCCUCAUGUCUUUAAAGAUGGAUGUCCCUCAGCCUCGGGUCUGGCGCCCCUGGUAGACUCGCCAACUUCCUAUUAGCCUGAUGUUCUGCUUCGUCAACUGCAGCAUUUCUCUCAUGCAUGCUCUCAUUGCAUUUGCAGCAUUUUUUUUUUGCAUUUCUUUUUGAUCCUGCAGCGUUUAUGUGACUGCAGCAUUUUUUAUGUGUUUUAUGGUGUUUGUGUGUUUUUGGUUUUAGAUAAUUUCUACGUUUGGAGCGUUGGCCCCUGUCGGCCACUGUACUGCUCCACUCCACAGUGGGGUUGUCCUAUUUGAUUGUAGAUUAUCAGGAAACCUGACACAGGUUAAAGGUUAUACUGUACUGCUGAUGCUGUGUGUGUGUGUGUGUGUGUGUGUGUGUGUGUGUGUGUGUGUGUGUAGUUAACCUCU